AUGCCAGGACCAAAGAUGAAGCUCGAAGACUGGCUGGAUGACCUGUGUGUUCGCUUUAUUAUCAACCUUCCCCACGAAGAAUUGGAAUCAGUUGAGCGCAUAUGUUUUCAGGUCGAAGAAGCACAAUGGUUCUAUGAAGAUUUCAUUCGCCCCUUAGACCCGAAUCUGCCCUCCUUAAACCUGCGAAGUUUUUCUCUCCUUAUAUUUCAGCAUUGUCCAUUGAUGUCUCAAUGGUCCCAUUAUCAUCACUCCACCGCCUUUUCGGAGUUCCUAGCUUACAAGACGCGAGUCCCUGUUCGUGGUGCAAUUUUACUAAACGAGGCUAUGGAUGAAGUAAUUCUCGUUAAGGGUUGGAAGAAGACGGCUGGCUGGAGUUUUCCUAGGGGAAAAAUCAACAAAGACGAGAAAGAUUUCGACUGUGCUGUCAGAGAGGUAUAUGAGGAAACAGGUUUCGAUAUUAGGGCAGGAAACCUCGUUAAGAAUGAAGAAACCGUCAAACAUAUUGACAUUUCUAUGAGGGAGCAAAAUAUGAGGUUAUACGUAAUACGAGGAGUACCGAAAAAUACUCAUUUUGAACCAAGAACAAGAAAAGAAAUAAGCAAAAUUGAAUGGUAUAAGCUUUCAGAGCUUCCAACCCAAAAGAAGGUAAGGCAGGAGGACCAGACCAGCCAGGCGAUGAGUAAGAACAAGUUUUAUAUGGUCGCUCCCUUUCUUGGACCGCUUAAAAAAUGGAUUGCUACUCAGAAGAAGCGAGGCGUUCCAAAGAAUACGGCCACUCAGUUAGAUAUUGAGAGCGCGGCAUACACAACCGCAGAAGAAAGUAUUGGCGCUGCGAAUGGGAACGUUGCCCCAAGUGGCGAUGCUAUUGAGGCACCGAUUCCUAUGGGACAUCCCACCCUUCCUGCUGGUGAAAACCCCUCCUCCCAACUAAAACGGCUCUUGAAUAUUGGGUGUCCUGUACCACGCGCUCCCGCCAUCGCCGAUCCUGUAGUUACUAGGCCUGACUCAAGCAAUGGAUCUACGCUUCUAGAGCUCCUGAGAAAGGGCUCCGAUUCUUAUCCGGCCUACCACCCAGAGGGCCAUCCACACACACAACUGUCAUCAGCUAACUUACCUUCCGUUGGGCCAUUACACCCUCCGCCAACUCAACAUUCCCAGAGCAAUGUCAAUAUCACACCUAACGCUCUGCCUGUUCCAUUACCUGGUGUUGUUCAGCCGCCCCUUCGUUCUCUACAUCCCCCCCACAUUAACCCUACCGAUCAAGUUCAUCAAUCCCCCGUUCAUAACCUCCCUGGAAAUGAAUUCUCACAGCCUCCUCAACUACCGGCCUUUGGGCCGUUUGUCGCUCCCCACAGUCAUCGCCCCUGGUUGACUCAGCCUCCUGGCAGUGAUUCAAUUCCUCAAAAUCUUCAAGGCACGAUGCAUUUUACUUCCUUGGCUGCGCAGAAGCCAGUGCCACCUCCUUAUUAUCCAACCUUACCUCAAUCAAACCAAACAUUACCACCGUCUGAUACCAGAACAGCAUCUAUUCCCCCUGCCAGUAAACUUCCGCCACCGAAGUUAACCAGUCACUCACUUGCACUUUUGAAUGUUUUCAAAAGCAAUAAUUCGCAAAUCCCCACUGCACACUCCCAAGAAAUGCCAUCCGACCCCCAAUUCCGCAAUGGAACUCAAAAGAUGUCUGACCAUAGAGAAAAUUUGCUGAGCCUUCUAAAGGUACCUGCUCCACCAUCAAUGCCUUUCCCAGCAGCACAUACACAGACAGCGCCACAGCCGACGAAUAACAUGAAAAUGUCGAAGCCACAGGACCAAGUUACCUCUCAGCCACAACCACCACAACUCGGGAAAGAUAUCAAUUCGAGAUACGAUAUUGGGCAAUGUGUAAAUAAUCCUGCAGCUAAGUCGCUUCCAACUCAAUCUUUAGCUAAGCAGAGUCCUCGCGGCCGGCAGCAUCAGCUUCCGGUUCAUCCGCAACACACCGCACGGCCUAAUAUCACAAUUCUUCCUCGCCCAAGUUCGGUAAAAAAUGAAUCUAUCAUGGCUACAAAAGUUGCGGCAACCUCGCAGUCACCCCAAAAGAGAAAUGUCAAAAUUUCAGAAAUCACAAAGCCUUUCAAACCUCGUAUUUUGCGUCGGCCGGAUAAAGAUAAUUUGGAUGCCUGUCUGCCUGCUCGUACAGUAGUUGUAAGCGCUUUUACGAAACCGAAAAAAGAGACCCUGGAAGAAGAACCGGAAACAGCAAAGGAAACACCACAACGCCUUGACUAUGAUCGUCGACAAAGCCAGCCCAAUUCUCAAAAAGAGACCUUACUGUCACUGUUUGGGAAGGCCGACCCACCUGAAACAAAGCCUGCUAGCUACAGAGCAGAACUUAUGUCUCAUUUCAAGUCACCGGCCCAGGACAAUCCUGCAGGAGAUGCAUUUCACCAGAGCACUGCCGUUCCUCCGCCCUGCACCGGCGAGAGUCAACCACCAACGCAUAAAAAGGCCACUUCGCCCGUUGAUAAAGAAUUUUUGCUUGGCUAUCUAAACGGUGUUGCGAUGGGAAAGCGCUAG